AUGCGCGACGCGCCAGGAAAAUGUCCGAUCUGCGGCAUGGACCUGAUCCCCGUUCGUCAGAACCAUUCAGCAACAGACGAAGAGCCUCGCCAGUUAACGGUAUCUUCAGCCCAGCGCGCGCUGAUGAGAAUCGAGACAGUCCCGGUUGAACGCCGGUUUCCGGUUGCCGAAUUACGCCUGGUUGGCAAGGUGGCUUAUGACGAAACCCGCCUGGCUUAUAUAACGGCGUGGGUACCCGGACGGAUAGAUGAUCUGCUGGUGGAUUACACCGGCGUUACCGUGCGGGAGGGUGACCAUAUGGUGCAGCUCUACAGCCCUGAACUGCUGUCUGCGCAGGAAGAACUGCUGCAGGCUCUCCAAGGGCUGGCAGAUCUGUCGAAAAGCAGCAUGAGUUCUUUGCGGAACUCGGCCAGCGGCACCGUGGACGCAGCGCGGGACAGGUUGCGUCUAUGGGGGCUCGGCGCUGAUCAGAUCAAGGAGAUUGAAGACAGCGGCAAGGCUUCGGAGCACGUCACCAUUAACUCCCCGGCCAGUGGUGUGGUCAUCCAUCGCAACGCUCAGGAAGGCAUGUACGUCGAAACCGGUACCCGGAUCUUCACCAUUGCGGACCUCGAUGCAGUCUGGGUUCAGCUGGACGCAUAUGAAUCAGACCUGCGUUGGUUACGCUACGGUCAGCACGUCGACUUCACCACCGAGGCCUACCCCGGAGAAACAUUCAACGGUGUUGUAUCGUUCAUCGAUCCGGUUUUGAACCCCACAACCCGUACCGUGAAAGUCCGCGUUAACGUGGAUAACAGAGAUGGGCGCCUUAAGCCUGAAAUGUUUGUGCGUGCUAAUGUGUCUGCGCAGUUUGCCGGCAGCGGCCGCAUGCUGGACAAAGAUAUGAUCGGUAAAUGGGUGUCGCCGAUGCAUCCCGAGGUCAUCAAAGACGCACCCGGCAAAUGUCCGAUCUGCGGCAUGGACCUGGUCCCGGCGGAAUCUCUCGGCUACGCAAAUGCAGCACCCUCCGAUGCCGUCGCCCCACUUGUGAUUCCCGCAACGGCCGCGUUGCUGACCGGCAAGCGUGCAGUGGUGUACGUCGAAGUGCCUGACACAGAUCGACCAACCUACGUUGGUCGCGAAGUGGUGCUGGGGCCACGUGCGGGCCCUGAUUAUGUUGUGGAAAGCGGGCUUGCUGAAGGUGAUCUGGUUGUGGUCUCCGGCAACUUCAAGAUUGAUAGCGCGCUUCAGAUCCAGGCCAAACCCAGCAUGAUGAAUCCUGCAGGCGGCGGUGGUGGCGGCAGCCACAACCACGGGGGCGGGCUGUUGCGAUUCUGCCUGGAGAGGAAACUGAUCAUCGGUCUGCUGCUGAUUGGUGUCAUUGGCUGGGGUAUCGCCGUUGCCCCUUUCUCCUGGGAUACCGGCAAUCUGCCGCGCAGCCCUGUUCCAGUUGAUGCCAUCCCGGACAUUGGUGAAAACCAGCAGAUUGUCUUUACCGAAUGGAUGGGGCGCUCGCCCCAAGACGUGGAAGACCAGAUCACCUAUCCGUUGACAGUGGCACUACUGGGUGUUCCCGGCGUGAAAACCGUUCGCAGCUAUUCAUUUUUCGGAUUUUCAACCAUCUAUAUCAUCUUCAAAGAAGACGUAGAGUUCUACUGGUCACGUAGCCGUGUCCUGGAGAAACUCAACUCGUUACCGCAGGGCACGGUACCGGAUGAUGUUCAGCCGGCACUUGGUCCGGACGCAACUGCGUUGGGCCAGGUCUACUGGUACACCCUGGAAGGCCUGGAUCCGGAGGGGAAUCCAACAGGCGGCUGGGGCCUGGAAGAGCUGCGCUCAAUUCAGGACUGGUACGUGCGCUAUGCCCUGUUGGGCGCCGAGGGGAUCAGCGAGGUGGGUUCCAUUGGUGGCUAUGUCGAGGAAUAUCAGAUCGAUGUGGACCCGGACGCCAUGCGCGCCUAUGGGGUCACACUUGAACAGGUCAUCAAAGCCACCCGUGCUUCCAAUCUGGAUGUAGGUGCCCGAACAAUUGAGGUCAAUGGCGCGGAAUAUGUCAUUCGAGGCCUGGGUUUUAUCGAGAGCAUUGAGGAUGUGGAAGAAAUUGCCGUUGGCGUCCGCGACAACGUGCCGAUCCACAUUCGGGACGUGGCUAAUGUGGCCAAAGGGCCGGCGCUGCGACGCGGCGCGCUGGAUAAAGGUGGUGCCGAGGCAGUGGGCGGCGUGGUGGUUGUGCGCUACGGCUUUAAUCCGCUGGCCGCCAUCAGCAAUACCAAAGAUAAAAUUGCCGAGAUUUCUCCUGGCCUGCCGGCAAAGGCGAUUGUCGAUUACAGGAAAACAAGCAAAGCACAACUCGGCCAGUUUGCAGCCACGGCCGGCAUCGCCGGGUUUAUUGACAACCAGCUCAACCAGGACGCCUGGGUCGCCUGGCUUCGCGCCAAUUCGCAAGCGACCUGGCCUGUUGGCGUCACGCUAUCGCAGGUCGCCAUUGUUCCAUUCUACGACCGUACAGACCUGAUCCACGAAACUUUAGGUACGUUGAACGAUGCGCUGACCGAAGAGAUUUUUAUCACGAUGAUUGUCAUCCUGAUCAUGGUGCUGCAUCUGCGCAGCUCGAUAUUGAUCAGUGCGCUGUUACCCGUUGCCGUUCUCAUGACCUUCAUCGCCAUGAAGCAGUUCGGCGUGUCAGCAAACAUUGUUGCGUUGUCGGGUAUCGCCAUCGCCAUUGGCACCAUGGUCGAUAUGGGCGUGAUUGUCUGCGAGAACAUUCUCAGGCAUAUGGAUGAAGCAGACGAUAGUGAACCGCCGCUGGAAGUUGUGUUCCGGGCUACCCGUGAGGUUGCCAGUGCGGUGCUGACAUCUGUUGCAACAACCGUUGUCAGCUUCCUGCCGGUCUUCACCAUGACCGGGGCUGAAGGCAAACUCUUCACCCCCCUGGCUUUCACCAAAACGUUUGCACUUGUCGCCGCCGUGAUCGUGGCGCUUACGGUUAUUCCGCCUGCGGCGCAGAUACUGUUUUCCGCGAAAAUCGACUCCUCCAAAUUGAAAGCGGCUUUUCAUGCAAGCCUUGUCCUUGCCGGUUUGCUAAUCGCAUUUUUCUUCAGCCCCCUGGCCGGGCUCCUGCUCAGCGCCUUUGGGUUGCUGCAGUUACUGGCCAAGCACCUGCCCGUAUGGCUGAGGCGCUCCGGCCCGGCUGCUGCGAGUCUGGUUGUGGCGGGGCUGGUAGCCAUUCUUCUGGCCGAGGAGUGGCUGCCUCUAGGACCAGGGCGCGGGCUGAUUGUGAAUCUGAUCUUUGUUGUGCUGUUGAUCGGUGGACUGCUGUUGUGCUUCCUGGCUUAUCAACGGGUCUACCCUCGCGUGCUGGCUUUCUGUUUGAAACGCAAAUUGGGCUUUCUCAGUGUGCCGGUGCUUGUCACGCUGAUUGGGGUCAUGGCCUGGUCAGGCUUCGACAAUAUGUUCCGGUUUGCACCGGAUGGGCUGCGCCAGACAGCAUUGUGGCAAGGGAUUGACAACACCUUUCCAGGGUUUGGCAAAGAGUUCAUGCCUGACCUGGAUGAAGGAUCCUUUCUCUACAUGCCUACAAUCAUGCCCCAUGCUUCAAUUGGUGAAGCCCAGGAUACGCUGCAGAUUCUCGACGAGGCGAUUGCCUCCAUCCCCGAGAUCAAAUCUGUGGUGGGCAAGCUCGGCCGGGCUGAUACACCCCUGGAUCCCGCACCUAUCUCCAUGUUCGAAACCAUCAUUAACUAUCAUCCGGAAUUCCGCACAGACGACAACGGCCGCAUUCUGCGAUUUGCAUACGACAAGCAGGCAAACGCCUUUGAACGCGAUGCAGCCGGCGGCCUGAUUGUUGACGAUAGUGGCCAGCCGUUCCGCAACUGGCGCGAACACAUCCACUCCACGGACGAUAUCUGGCAGGAAAUCAUCCAGGCCACGGAUCUGCCCGGAACAACUUCCGCGCCGAAACUGCAGCCCAUUGCAGCACGUAUUGUGAUGCUGCAAAGCGGAAUGCGCGCGCCGAUGGGUAUCAAAGUCAAAGGACCGGAUCUUGAGACAAUCGAACGUGUCGCCCUGCAGCUUGAGUCUCUGCUGAAAGAAGUGUCCAGUAUUGAAUCCGAUACCGUGACGGCUGACCGGCUGGUGGGUAAGCCGUAUCUGGAGAUCGAUUUAGAUCGCAAUGCGCUGGCGCGCUACGGACUGCACAUCGAAGAAGCGCAGCAGGUUAUUGAGGUCGCUGUGGGGGGUAAGCGCAUCACCAGUACAAUUGAGGGGCGCGAACGUUACCCGGUGCGGGUGCGGUACUUCCGUGAAUUGCGCGAUACACCCGAAGGCCUGGAAGAAAUUCUGGUACCCACCUCUACCGGCGCCCAGAUACCCCUUGGACAGCUGGCAGAAAUUCGUUACGUGCGUGGCCCACAGGCCAUCAAGAGUGAAGACACGUUUCUGGUGGGUUACGUUGUGUUCGAUAAACGCGCUGAAGCUGCAGAAGUGGAUGUGGUCGAAGACGCCCAGGCGUAUCUCAAGACAAAAAUCGACAGCGGAGAGUUCAUUCUGCCGGCGGGGGUAAGUUACACGUUUGCAGGUAAUUACGAAAAUCAGCUGCGCGCACAGCAGACUUUAUCUGUUGUAUUGCCGGUAGCCCUGUUAGUGAUUUUUCUGAUUCUUUACCUGCAGUUCUCUUCGGUGACCACCACCCUGAUUGUGUUCAGCGGUAUAGCCGUGGCCUGGUCAGGGGGUUUUCUGGUGAUCUGGUUAUACGGCACCAGCGGCUUUCUGCAUUUCUCAGUGCUUGGCGCAAAUAUGAGUGAGCUCUUUCAGGUCACUCCGAUAAACAUGAGCGUCGCAAUCUGGGUUGGGUUCCUGGCCCUGUUUGGUAUUGCCACGGAUAACGGUGUGGUGACAGCAACCUAUCUGGAUCAAACGCUCGCUAAAGCGGAGGCUAAUAAAAUCGACGACAUCAGGUCGCUGGUGGUGAAAGGCGCAACGCGUCGUAUACGCCCGGCAUUGAUGACAACCGCAACAACGCUGAUUGCGCUGAUACCGGUUUUAACCUCAGACGGCCGCGGUUCGGAUAUUAUGGUGCCGAUGGCUAUUCCGUCUUUUGGCGGCAUGCUGGUUGCCAUCAUCACCACGCUGCUGGUACCGGUUCUGUACUGUGCGGUGCAGGAAAUGCGCUUGAAGUGA